AUGUGGGAUCCGAAAGAUAACAUUGAGGCUGGUGGACCAGUUGAUGAGGAUGUCCUUUUCCCACCCAACUAUACACCGUUUUUCAGCCUACAAACUGUUGUUUCUGUUAUUAUUCCUGUAUUCUGCUUCUUUUUGAUGUUUGGAAUUGUGAUAUUUAUGAUGUACGUUUAUCGUCGUUUGUGCACACGAAGCCCAGUAUUUGAGCAUAUUCUUUGCGAAGAAGAGGAAUUCCCAAUUCCACGACCUACAACCCCAGGACCGGAAUCGUUUCGACGCAAUUCUGCACAAGCACAAUAUCGGUUGCUGAUCAAAAGCAAGUUUGAGCGGGAAUUUGGAAAAUCACGAGCAGAGUGUGGUCUUUUGAUGCCCGUCAGAUUGAUUACUUCAGUUUCAGAGGACGAGGAACAUUUCUAA